UUAGUGUUGGAUGUAAUGAUGUGGUGGGAAUGAGAUUAUUUGGAAUGUAAUAUAAGGAGUUGGAGUGGAGGCUAUUAUUUUUGAUUGAAUUUUUGGACCCUCUACAGUAUUCUCUUUCCCUUUUGUCUUCAAUUAAUAUUUGUGUCUUGGCAGAGAAAGAUAUCGAUAUGAAGGAGGAGAUGAAAGUGAAGAUCAGUCAUGGUUAUGAAGCUGCAAGCAACGGUGGUGGGAGUGGGGGUGGGGGUGGGGGUGGUGCUGCCGCCGACACCGUCUCGAGCUCAAGAGUUUCAUCGCUCCUGGCCUCCCAAGAUCAUGACUACCUUCUUACUCCGACUGGAAACCAGGUAAAAGUUUCUGAUCUUGAAGGGAAGAUAAUAGGCCUAUACUUCUCAGCCAAUUGGUACCCGCCAUGCUGGAACUUCAACCAAGUCCUAGUUGGCAUCUACGAGCAGCUGAAGAACAGUGGGACUAACUUCGAGAUUGUGUACGUGUCAUCCGACGAAGACUCUGACGCCUUCAACAUCUACCAUGCAUGCAUGCCGUGGCUGGCGAUUCCUUUCUCUGACUUGGACACCAAGAAAGCCUUGAACCGUAAGUUUGACGUGGAAAGUAUUCCCAGCUUGGUCAUUUUGCAACCUAAUGAUAACAAGGACGAGGCUACGUUGCAUGAUGGAGUUGAAAUUAUCUAUCGCUAUGGGGUCGAAGCCUUUCCUUUCACAAAACAAAAGUUGGAAGAAUUGCAAGAUGAGGACAGAGCAAGGCAUGAGAACCAAACUCUGACCAAUUUACUAACAAAUCAUGAUAGAGAUUAUCUUUUGGGUCACCCCACGCCUAAACAGGUAUCUGUUGCUUCAUUAAGAGGCAAAACCAUUGGACUCUACUUCUCAGCUCAAUGGUGUCGUCCAUGCGUUAAUUUCACUCCCAAGUUGAUCUCCAUCUAUGAAAAAAUCAAGGAGAAAAUGCUAGUAGAUGAUCACGACGGAGAAGACUUCGAGAUAGUACUUGUGUCAAGUGAUCGUGACCAAACAUCGUUCGACUCCUACUUCAACACCAUGCCAUGGCUAGCGUUGCCUUUUGGGGAUCCAAACAUCAAAGAACUUGUCAAGCAUUUUGACGUCAAAGGUAUCCCUUGUUUGGUAAUUUUAGGGCCUGAUGGUAAAACUGUGACCCAGCAGGGUAGAAAUCUUAUAAAUUUAUACAAAGAAAAUGCGUAUCCCUUCACGGAUGCCAAACUGGAGUUGCUGGAGAAGAAAAUGGAUGAAGAGGCUAAGAACCUCCCUCGAUCGGUGUACCACGGUGGGCAUCGCCACGAGCUGAAUUUGGUGUCGGAGGGCAAUGGAGGAGGACCCUUCAUAUGUUGUGAUUGUGAAGAACAAGGAUGUGGUUGGGCGUACCAGUGUCUUGAAUGUGGAUAUGAGGUGCACCCUAAGUGCGUGACUGCUACCACACCCAAUAGCAAUAGCAAUAGCAAUAGGUGAUUCAUUUGAGCUUAUUAAUGUAACUAAACUUGUGCUGUAUUAUAUAAGUUGUGGUCUCGUUUCUUGACGACGGUUUGGGGCUGACAAUAAUUAAAUUCCCUUUUUAAUCAUUAUGUUUAAUGUUGUUCUUAUUUGUCAAGUAA